AUGGUGGCAACGGUGCUUGGUGUUUUCGAGGUGGACAUCAUAGAACCAGUGCUUGACAGCUUUGAGCUAGCCAUCAAUGACUCAGUACUCGAUAACUUCGAGGUGUCCACGGCGCUGCUUGAUGGCCUGGAUGACGAUCCAACGUUGACCGUAGUAGUAGUGGUCAAAUUCGAAAAUGUCGGCAUCGACCCUGUGCUACCGCCAAACACGACGCUGAAGGCAGAGGUGACAGAGGUGAAUUUGAAGCUAGAGGAGGAUGACGAGCUAGAGCGACUCGGUGAAGAGCUCGACAUGACGCUUGAGGAGGCUAACGAGGAGGUAGGGCUCGACAUGAAUGACGAGAUGACCGAUUUAGAUGUCGCUGUCGGAGACGAAGGAGCGCUGGUAUGCGAGGAAAUUGAAUCCUUGGUUGAUGAUGCUAGUGUGGUGGUAUUACCAAAUGAAGAAACCGGGACAUUGCUCAUAGAUGAUGCAAGAUUAGAUGAGGAGCUCAAGCUUGAUGGCGAUGAGCUCGAAGUUGAUGGAAGAGAAACCGAGCUCAACGACAGGGAGCUAGAGAAUGAAGAUAGAGCUGAAGGGCUCGCACUCGAGAGACUCAAAAACGAGGAGCUUGACCUCGAAGAUGAGAGACUCGGGCUGGAAUAUGUAGUGCUCGAGGUAGUGUUCAAUGUGGUAGGAGUGGGAUAUAUCGGAGAUGAAUAUGCAGAGGAUAACAACGAAGACGACGGCUUCACAGUAGUGCUCGAAGCAGAACUUGAGGUGGUAGAGCUAGGAGAGAUCGAAGUCGAAGAGGUGAAACUAUUACUCAUCGACGAUAAUGAGGCGGCGGAGCUGGAAAACAUCGAAGAUGAAGAAGUCGAGACCUUGUUUAUCAAUGACAGCGUUGUAGCAGAGCUAGAAAGCAUCGAGGAUAAAAGAGUUCCAGAGGCGCUCGAAGAAGUAAUCAAAAUGGUAGAGUUCGAAGACAUCGAUGACGGAACAAUUGCAGUAGUCCUUGAGAUAGUGGUUGAGAUAGUAGGGCUCGGCGAAGAUAGAGAGGUUUUACUAGUGUUCAUUGCGGUACUUGUAGACCCGCUGCUGCUGCCGCUAGUCUCCAUCAGACUGGUGGUGAAAAUGCCGCCCAAAGACGAGUAUUUCUCCUCGGGGCAACCGAACGCUUGCUGGACACAUCUUUGUAUAAGGGUUCCGCUAAGAACUUCUGUUGCAUUCAGUGCCAGACAUGCCAAGGCUGGUAAGGCCCCCUCUACAUUGUCCACGAUGUUAAGUAUCUCGAGCUUGGGCUCACAGAUUGCAAUCUGGACAGGGAUUUGGGAAGAUGGUAGGAGGUCAAACCCAAGGCAUCCCUGA